AUGUUCUUCGUGCGUGCGCGCGCACGCCGGAAACAACAACAACAGGCGUUCGUUGACGUGGCUGUGAGCUUCAGUAACACACUAGAGUUGGACGAAUCCAUCCUGACUGCGAGCAAUGUACUGACGCAAAGUGUCAAUAGUAUCGUCAACGUCGCAGUCAGUAUCAUUAACGUCGCACUCAGUAUCGUCAACGAGUCAGUAUCGUGCCAAUCACGUGCUCAUCACGUGCACAUCACCUUGUUACAGACGACGAAAGAGGAGGAGUUUGACGUCGAUGCGGCUGCGGCGAGUCUGAGCGGACUGACGGAGGACACGGACGAACUGACUGCCAUCAGUAUAAGCUACAUUGCCGACGUCAUCGACAACAUAGUUAGCAUAAAGGUUUUACACCUGCUGCGCCCAUUAUAUAUUCAGCUACCAGGCGAGAAUGACGGGAAACCGACGUGCGUGUUCUGGGAUCACGUGGCCCGCGACGGCGUCGGUGAUUGGUCGGAAUCGGGCUGCUGGGGCGGUGACGUGCGUGAUGGAAAGUUCGUCUGCUACUGCGAACACUUGACCAACUUCGCCGUUCUGCUGGACGUGAACGUGGAGCUGACGGUGCCGGACGUGCAUGCGCGCAUUCUCAGCAUCAUCAGCAUUGUCGGCUGCGUCAUGUCAAUCGUCGGUCUCUCCUGCACGAUCCUCACCUUCGCCAUGUUCAGGAAAGUGAGGACGGGCAAAUCACAGCUGACGCUGCUCCACCUGGCGGUGGCGCUGCUGUGCUUGCUUGUCAUCUUUCUCGUCGGCAUCGAGUUGACGGAUAACUACGUCGGCUGCGUCGCCGUGGCUGUGCUGCUGCAUUACUUCACGCUUGCCGCCUUCAUGUGGAUGCUGGUGGAGGGCUUCCUGCACUACCUGCGCUACGUCAAGGUGCUGGGAACGUACGUGCCAGGAUUCAUGUGGAAGGCUUGCCUGCUGGCCUGGGGGCUACCUCUGGUGUUGGUCGUGAUCAUGCUGGCCGCGGACAGUUCGCUGUACAAAGGCAGCGAUUUAUAG